UACUGUGUUCUUAUAGGUGAAGAUGCUGGAAGCAGAUCUGGUUUCAAAAAUGCUGCGAGCUGUUCUACAGUCUCAUAAAAACGGAAUGGCAUUACCCCGGCUCCAAGGAGAGUACAGAUCCUUGACUGGAGACUGGAUCCCCUUCAAGCAGUUAGGCUCCCCUACACUAGAAGCCUAUCUGAGAAGUGUGCCCGGAGUUGUCAGGAUAGAGACUAGUAGAUCUGGAGAGAUUACCUGCUAUGCUGUGGCCUGCACAGAAACUGCAAGAAUUGCUCAGCUUGUGGCUCGUCAGAGGAGUUCUAAAAGGAAAACUAGGUGGCAAGUUAAUUGUCAGAUGAGAGUUAAGAAAACCAUGCCCUUUUUUCUAGAAGGAAAACCAAAAGCAACCCUCAGACAACCAGGAUUUUCUUCAGACUUUUCUAUCAGCAAAAAACCUAAUCCAACACUGUUAAGAGACAAAGGAAACUCUCUUGGAGUUAAGUCUGAUGCUGAAAUGCCGCCUUACGCAUUACACACAACUGCUGGAAGUGAAGUAUUCAAAGAUGCUCCAGUGCCGAGGCAUGUGACCAUGUCUGCCAACAACAGGUUUAGCCCAAAGGCGUCUCUUCCACCACCUUUUCAGAUGCAUCUCUCAAGAACCUGUACUGAGGAAAUGAGUGAUAAUUUAAAUCAGACUGUUGAAAAACCAAAUGUCAUGCCUCCUGCCUCUUAA